AUGCUGGCCUGCUUUCUUUUCUACAUUGCCGCAUUGGCCACUGGCGUCGCAAGCCACGGUGCUGCUGCGGGAGACAUCUGGCCGGAGCUUGUCGCCCGUCAAGAUCCCUGCGCCGGCAACGAUGGCGUAGUCUGCUGUCAAGCCAACGCCAACGAUCUCUGCGCACAAUCGGGAAGUCAAGGCAAGGAUUCAAAAAGAAACUACAAACGCGGCCGGUAUUUGCGAUGCCAUGAUUAUUAUCAGGCUUAUUUGAGUCCUGUCACAACUACCCACCGUUCUCCGGCCAGGAACAGGCCAAGGGGGGAACCAGAUUCGGAGGGGGAUCGGGCCAGCAUCACGAGAAACAAGUCAGGAUUUUUGACUAGUGUCUGGGAACUGGAAGCAGGCUCAUCGUGGAAACCCCGAUUUAUCUUUGGCCUAGAGUUCCUUGCUUUCUCUAUCAUGUGA